AUGGAUGGUAACAAGGACGAGGCUUUAAAAUGCAUUAAUAUUGCUAAGGAUGCAAUUGUAUCGGGCAAUAAACAAAGAGCCCUAAAAUUUAUUGGAAUUGCGCAUCGUCUUAAUCAUAAUUUACCUGUUGAUGAUCUUCUGGCCAAGUGUGAAAAUCUUGAUUCAUCACCUUCCCCUGGUCCAUCUAAUAAUGUGAGUAAAGCUAAUGGCCUGAAAGAUGAAACGAGGCGGGCUGGUAGCAAUGAGGUUCAGAAUGGGGAGAGGAAUUACACGGAAGAGCAUGUACAAUUGAUUAGACAGAUUAAAAGUAAGAGGGACUACUAUGCAGUUCUAGGUGUGGAGAAGAGUUGUUCGGUUGAGGAUAUUAGGAAGGCAUACCGGAAAUUGUCGCUGAAAGUCCACCCGGAUAAGAACAAGGCUCCAGGAUCUGAGGAAGCUUUUAAGAAAGUUAGCAAAGCAUUCAAGUGCUUGAGUGACGAUGAUUCCAGGAGGCAAUAUGAUCACACUGGUUUAGUCGACGAAUUUGAGCAUAAUCAGCAGUAUAAUGUUAGGCGAAGGAGGAGGAGAACUGGGAAUGACUUAUUCGAUGAUGAAUUUGAUCCUGACGAGAUAUUCAGGGCAUUCUUUGGUCAGAAUGACGUGUUCAGGAAUUCUCACGUUUAUAGGACUAGAACUGCCAAUACUGGUACUCCUCAGAGGGAAGAUUUGGGUAGUAAUGGACCUAAUCUGAUGUUGCUUCUUCAGUUCCUGCCAUUUUUGAUAAUCAUCUUGCUUGCUUAUCUUCCUUUCUCAGAGCCUGAGUAUUCUUUGCAGAAGAAUUAUUCCUACCAGUUUAAGAAGACAAUAGAGAAACAUGGGGUGGAGUUUUUUGUGAAAUCACCAGAAUUUGAUAAAAAUUAUCCACAUGGAAGCCCUGGUCGAGAUGACAUUGAAAAUAAUAAAGUUUCGCUGUGUGAAGAUUUUCUAAUUGGAUUGUGGAGUUCCCUGAAAGUUACGCUGUGUGAAGAUUUUCUAAUUGGAUUGUGGAGUUCCCUGGUGGGAUUUGCACAAAUUAUCAUAUUUGAAGAAGCAAUUGGUUGUUCUGAGGAUUUUUAG